AUGGCCUUUAACAAAAAGUAUGCUGGUCUGCCCGACCUGGACCUCGCGCCAGACAUCUAUGAAACCCCCGAGCUGACCGAUGAUUCUACUGUGCCUCGGAGAUCAUAUCGCACCGUUAAGCGCGCGAGACGGAGGCGAGAUGACGGGACAGAGGUGCUGGGAGAUAUCAGUGACGAGGAGGAGGAAUCGCUGGAACGGAAGCUGGCAAGAUUGCGUCGAGAGGCAGAGGAAUUGAAGGACGAGCUUGCCAUCUUCCAACUUCCACCCUACACCACCCCUUUGUCGAUUCUGUCAAACGCGGCAUCCUUCGACGCUCGACUCCGACUCCUCGAGGCCGCUCUCGGACUAUCCCAAACCCCCAUUGGCCUAUCCCCAAAUGACUCCCCCGAAUCCGAUCUCCAACCCAUCCUCCCUACCCUGCACCACCUCUCUUCCCAGCUCUCCACCCUAACCAGCACCCUCACCGGCUCCCCCUCCACCGGCCCGCCCGCCCUCCCCACGACCCUCACAACCCCCCACCUCGAAAGCCUCACUACCCGCAUCCGCAAACUCACCGCCGACGCCGAAGCCCUCACCGUCGCCCGCCGCCGCGCCACCGAAGCCGCGCGCGCCGUCCUCGCCGCACGCAUCGCCGCCGCAACCACAGACGAACCCCCCGAAGUCCCCGCCGCCGCCGCGCACGCCACGCCGACGGAAACUGAAGCCGCGGCCAGCGAGCAGGCGGCCAAGAUCCAGGCGCUGUACACCACGCUGCCCACCAUCACGUCGCUGCAUCCGCUGCUGCCCAGUGUGCUGGAGCGCUUGCGGUCGUUGAGGGCGAUUCAUGCUGGGGCGGCGAGGGCGGGUGAGGAUCUGGGUGGGUUGGAGCGGAGGCAGGCGGAGAUGAAAAAGGAGAUUGAGCGGUGGAGAGAAGGGCUGAAGGCUAUGGAGGAGCGGGUGAAGGAGAGUGAGGCGACGAUGAAGGGGAAUGUGGAGGUUAUGGGUCCGUGGAUUCGAGAUCUUGAGAGGAGGUUGGAUGUCAUUGGCAAGUAG